AUGUCGGAGGGAACUUUGCAUCAUUAUGCGGAUAUUAGAAGAAAAGUUUUAUAUAAUUAUUUUCCAUUAUUUUCGACAACAAAUUUACUCGGUUUUAGUAGUCAUGUUUUAGCACCUAUCACAUUUUCAAAAAUUAUUGGAAAAAAUAAUAUUGUUAUUGCAAAUACCCUUUGGUUUGGCUCUCAUCUUGGCGUCGGUUUGUAUCUGUUUGGUUCGAAACAUUUGGCAGCAUCUUCGUCGCCGUUCGAUCGCAUACUAUAUAGUGUAUUUGGAUCUGCAAUCUUUAAUUUUGGUUCAGUAUUAUUAAUGUCUAUUGUUAGAUCGAUAUAUCCAAAUGAAGAAAAACUACGUUUAUUAGUUGGACUCUCAGCUUCUGCAACGUUAUUAAUUAUCGGACAACGUUGGCUAAGUUACAUCGAUGAUAUAUUUUCCACAAUACGCUUUCGUUCAAAUACCAGAUCAUAA